UUCGCCACCGGGCGGCGGAAUUACAAAGGAGGCCGUCCGCCUCCUUUGUCCUGGAUUUGGGAGUUGAGCGCCUUCGUCGCCAUUGGCUUUCCUCCCCCAGCUCCAGCCUCUCUCAUCUUGGGAAUCUGCGUCAGAAGUCACUCGCAGUCCCGCCAGCCCAGGUAACCCUGCCGAGACUGCGGAGGAAGGAGGCCACGUAACAAAAAGUAAGGCAGGCUACCAGCAAUUCUGAGACCAUGCAAAACAGCUUGUCAGAAAAAUGAAGCUCCCGAUUUUCAUAGCAGAUGCAUUCACAGCAAGAGCAUUUCGUGGGAAUCCUGCUGCUGUUUGCCUCGUAGAAAAUAAAUUGGAAGAAGACAUGCAUCAAAAAAUUGCCCAGGAGAUGAACCUCUCUGAAACCGCUUUUAUCCGAAAACUAAACCCAACAGACAGCUUCACCCAAAGUUCCUGCUUUGGGCUAAGGUGGUUUACACCAGUGAGUGAAGUCCCGCUCUGUGGCCAUGCCACACUGGCAUCUUCAGCUGUGCUGUUUCACAAAAUAAAAAACACAAAUAACAUACUAACCUUUGUCACUCUGAGUGGGGAACUAAGGGCCAGAAGAGCAGAGGAUGGUAUCAUCCUGGAUUUUCCACUUUAUCCAACCUACCCACUGGACUUCCAUGAAGUAAAGAACCUGAUAGAGAUGGCCAUAGGCGGCACAAUGGUCCAGGACACCCACUAUUCUCCAGAUACCCAAAAUCUCCUUGUCCGGCUUUGUGAUUGUUACGACAGAUCCUUUUUAGAGACUCUGAAAGUGAACACAGAGAAUCUGCCGAACAUUGAAAACACAGGGAGGGUGCAAGGACUCAUUCUCACCCUUAAAGGAGAGGCUGCUGGGCAGGCGCCAGGCUUUGACUUUUACUCCAGAUAUUUUGCUCCAUGGGCUGGUGUGGCUGAAGAUCCGGUAACAGGGUCUACACAUACUAUUCUUGGCAGCUACUGGUCCCAGCAACUGGGGAAGCAAGAAAUGCGUGCAUUUCAGUGUUCUUCCCGAGGAGGAGAACUGGACAUUUCGCUACGACCCAAUGGACGAAUUGACAUUAAGGGCGGUGCUGCUAUUGUCCUAGAGGGCACGCUGACAGCCUAGAGAUUAUGCUGUUAUGCUGCAAUCUAUAAGGACAGUGUGGUCUCCAUGGAAGGAGACAUAGGGGCUUCCCUCAACAAACCAGCUUGGUAGUCCACUUAACCCUCACGUUAGGAAGAACAAGACAUGUUGAUGGAGAUUUAAUAAUGCUUCCAGAUGAAUUAACUUAUGGAGUUUGGGCUGAGUGUAUUUGAAAUGUAAGUAAUGAGUAGUAAAAAAUGACAUCACUGAUUUUGAUUAUGACUACAAAUCAAAGAAUGAAAAAUACAUUUAGUAGAAGUGAAAUUAAACCAUUUAAACUUAGGUGUGAGUGCCUGAUAGAAUAUUUUGCAGCCAUUUAAAAGCCUCAAUAACUAUGGAGAAGUUGGAAAGCUAUUUCACAAUAUAAUACUAAGAAAAAGUAUAGUAGGUCAUAAAAUGUUCACAGUGUUAUGCUGUGACUAUGGAGAAUAUGCAUUUAUAUGAACAAGUAUGGGCUGUGAAGAUAGCGAAGUAAAAAAUAGCUCAUGUGUGUGGGGGGGAGUAAGAAUGGAAGUAACUCUAAUGUAUAUAAAAAUUGUUUCCUUCAUUGCUGCCCUCAUGUACAAUAACUAAAAAUUAGGACAUAACCCAAAAAAUUAAAACAAAAAAAAUUUGUAUUGGGCUACCUCCUGUCAUUGUAAAACUACACACUAAAAGUAAUCUAAUUUUUAAUCUUUUUUUUUCUUUUUCUGGUACUAGGGAUUGAACUCAUUUGGGUUCUACCACUAACCUACAUCCCCAGGCCUUUUUAAUUUUUACUUUGAGGUAGUUUCACUAAGUUGCCAAGGCUGAUCUCAAACUUGUGAUUUUCCUGCCUCAGCCCCUCAAGUGGCUGGGAUUACAGGUGUGUACCACUGUGCUUGGCUGAUCUUUUUUGAUAUGUGGCCUUAGAGUGAUAACUUCAAAGAGAUUCUUCUCUUACCUUAAUAAAAUGUUUUAACAUAAUUUCAUAUUCAGUUAAGUCUAUAAUAUUGAACACCUAUAGUUGACUUUGGAGUGUUUAACACUGAUGCCAAUUCUUAGCCAUUUCAAAAAUCACAGGUUAAUCAGUUAGAAAUUCCUGUAGUGUUCCUAAUUUUUCACCUUAAUUUCAUUAAAGAGUGAGUUUAUUGUUGCA